AUGGCAUCGGAGGAUGUGAAGACGACUGAAUCGGCUGUGACUACGAUUGUCAAUUUGGCGGAGGAAGCUAAGCUUGCUAGAGAAGGAGUCAAGGCUCCUAGCCAUGCUAUUCUUAGUAUCUGCAAGUCUCUUGUUGCCGGUGGUGUUGCUGGUGGAGUGUCUCGCACUGCUGUUGCUCCCCUGGAGAGGUUGAAAAUAUUGUUACAGGUUCAAAAUCCACAUAACAUAAAAUACAGUGGAACAAUUCAAGGGUUGAAAUACAUAUGGAGAACUGAGGGUUUUCGUGGACUGUUCAAAGGCAACGGUACCAACUGUGCUCGUAUUGUCCCAAAUUCGGCAGUCAAGUUCUUCAGCUAUGAACAAGCUUCUCAGGGAAUAUUGUAUCUCUAUCAACAGCAAACUGGCAACGGUGAUGCUCAGCUUACUCCUCUUUUACGCCUUGGAGCUGGAGCAUGUGCAGGAAUUAUAGCCAUGUCUGCAACUUAUCCUAUGGAUAUGGUACGAGGCAGGCUAACUGUACAGACUGAGAAAUCGCCUUAUCAAUACAGAGGAAUGUUUCAUGCUCUAUCAACUGUUCUCCGGCAAGAAGGCCCACGGGCUCUGUACAAGGGCUGGCUUCCUUCUGUCAUUGGAGUUGUUCCAUAUGUGGGUCUCAACUUUGCAGUGUAUGAAUCUCUAAAGGAUUGGUUGGUUAAAUCUAGACCAUUUGGAUUAGUUGAAGAUUCUGAGUUGAGUGUGACUACAAGGCUAGCCUGUGGGGCUGUUGCUGGAACCAUUGGCCAAACUGUUGCUUAUCCUCUUGAUGUUAUUCGCCGACGGAUGCAAAUGGUAGGAUGGAAAGAUGCUGCUUCCAUUGUCACUGGUGAUGGGAGGAGCAAGGCCCCACUCGAGUAUAAUGGCAUGGUUGAUGCAUUCAGGAAAACUGUUCGACAUGAGGGUGUUGGAGCGUUAUACAAGGGUUUGGUACCCAAUUCAGUGAAGGUAGUCCCAUCCAUAGCAAUUGCAUUUGUUACAUAUGAGAUGGUGAAAGACAUUUUAGGAGUUGAGAUCAGAAUAUCAGACUGA